AUGGGGCCUUGGAAGGCCUUAGCUCAAAGGAGAGCUGGGAUCCCACAAUCGCCUAAAAGAGCAACCCCAAAACCUAGCCAGACUCCAAUCUCUGGAUCUCGAAAGCCUGCUGCUUACGAACCUCUCAACAAAAAGUUGGCCCUUCGGACCUCUCCAACUCUACUAUAUCAGGCUUCAUCCUACGGUCACUAUCUUUUCGGGUGUUAUGCGAUUGGAGGCAGUCUUCUGGCCGCCGCAUGGUUCAAUUUCCGGACUCAAUUCUACGUUCAGCCAGGAGGUGUGCCACAGUGGGUGCCCGUCUUCACAAGUGUUGGUAGCUUUAUGAUCGCCUGUGGAGGGUUCUGGAUGCUUUUCAAGCCACAAAACAUGGUCAGGACGAUUAGCACUCUUCCCUCUUCAUCAAAGUCAGGACCAGGGUCUAGGUCUUUGUUGCUGCAAAUAGAACGAACUCCGAUAUUACCAUUCAGGCGACGAAAGCUUGUCACAGUGCCUCCGGGCGACGUUACGAUAUCCUCACACAUGUUCAAUGACGACGCGGAGCAGAAGUUGGAGGCAACCAUUGCUGAAAUUACUCUGCGGGAAGAGCGACUACGUGCGUUCGCAAAGACUAACCUUCUUACGCUCCCCUUCAGACAGGCAGGAUACUGGAUGUGGAGAGGUUUCAUGGGCACCAGAAGGGCAUUCACCAGCGAGGGUUUUCACUAUCUUCACGUUCGAGGAAAUAAUCGGGUGUGGAAACUGGGUAAGGACCCAGCCUGGGCCUUGGAUGAUGGGAAAGCACUCGACAAAUUGGUGAAAAUUAAGCUCGCGUGA